UGUGAGCGAGUUAGCGAGCCGGAGAUCAUUCUUCGCUACAGCUCCUGCACUUAGCUUCGCAACUGUAAAACAUCUACGGAUUUAUAAAAGAACUCAGUGUUCUCAUGGAGACCAAAGAGGGUGUGGAAAAUUUAAAUCAAAUACACGCGAGACUCUUUAACCACAGCGACAGAGAAUGGUGCACUGCAAAUCAUCAGCUUUUAAAUUGCAACGACACAGGACUGAUUCGUGGUCACUAUAUGUGGGUGAAUGGCAGAUCUGUUUUAUCAAAUGCAACCAAGGAGAACCAAGAAAGUCAUUUUAAGACCCACACUCUCCUGGAGCUUUACGAAGACAAGAGAAGACCUCGUCAAGUUGUCAUGUUAGAGCAUAAAAGUGGUUAUGUUCUAGCUAUAAACCAGGAUGAUGACACUGUCAUUGCUAAGGAACCCCCUAAACCUCCAAGCGAAUACAAAAUCCUUGAUGAAGUUAAAGAAGACAGUCCUGAGAUAUUGUUUUACAAGACGGCUAGGGUACCUGGAAGUGAGCUGUAUUACUUCACGUCUUUCCUCAAAGACAAGCAGCGCAUCAUCGGCUUUGAUCCGGAAGGAAAACAAAUCAACACCACCGAAGUACAACCGGAUAAGCGGGAAAGUUGGUUUUCUAUAGUGUAA